AUUUCGAGCUUACGAGAAGUACUUGAAGGCAGCACUGGUCAUUCCAGUUACUGUCGCCAUAGCAACGUUUAUGAAACAGACCGCAGCCACACGGACCUGCUGCCACAGACGUAUAUCUGUGCCUGCUGCUUUUUUGCUAUCAUUAUUACUACAAUAUUUAACUGUUUCUAUCGAUAGAUUUUACACAACAACAAAUCUUAAUAUGGCGGAAGUUUGUAAGGAUCCAAAAGAGGCGUCUGAAGCCUCUGUGUCCGAAAAUCAAGAGCCUGAGAGCGGGCACUCAGGAGGAGCAGAGUUGGACAGAGUGAAGAGUGAGGGCGGUGCAGAGGUGGAGGAAGGGGAGCUGUCCACGGAGACACAGAGGAAAGUGAUGGAGCUGCUGUGUGAUGAGACGCACUUCCUGAUGGAUGAUAAACUCCUGACCCUGCUGGCUCCUCUGGAGAAGGAGAAACAGACCGUUGUGAAAAUGGACUCCCUCCUCUGUACUCUUGGCCUUGGAGAGCAGGACGUGCCCAGGUUGGCUCAUUUCUUAUUAAAGUAUGAACGGCAGCAGAGAGAGCAGACGGAGGAUGUUUCUGCUGAGUUGGGUGUAGUGGAGACCAGGUCUGCGACACAUCCGACCUCUGGACUCAUCGCUCCUAACCAUGUGGUGCCUGCUCUAAAAAGUUUCCUCCAGCAGCACAGGAGGUCAAAGGAGAGUGCUGCCCGCCAACAUCACAUCUUUCAUGUUGCAGGCCGGCAUACUUCAGAGAGUAAGGCCUACUGGAAGAGCAUGGGCAAUAUCAUCCAUGAGAGCAAAGUGAAACUCUGGGACGAUGCAGACUAAAGCAGUACAGUACGAAUGAUUAACAACCACACACACACACACACACACACACACAAAAACAUCUAUCUGCACUCAAAUGUUUUGUCUUUGUUUCCAGUGCGGCCCUGACGGAGAUCUCUGAGCUCAUCCCUGAGGGAUGUGUGAAGCAGCAGAACGCAGAGCCGUGGACGCUGCUGCAACAGUCCCUCAACUCAUGAGUAUGUGUGUGUGUUUGUGUUCCUCUUGCACUACUCUAAAAUAGGAGCUUAAAAAAAGGCUCCCAAAAUGCCUUUCUAAGAUUAACGUUUUUACAAUCUAUCCCUGUGACAUAGUCAGUGACUCAAUCUUUCAUCUUGUUGUUGAUAUGCAAACAUUGUCCAUUUCUCUCGUCAUCUCAGUCCUUAUCCUAUGAGUUAAUAGUUGCAUAUCAUAUAUUUAAUUCACAAAUUUCAGCCAUUCAUCUUGUGUUGGUGGUUCUUCCUUGUACCAUCUCUUCAUGAUGGCCUUUUUACAGGCUUCAAAUAAGAUUUUCAGGAGGUAUCUGUCUUCUCUUAACACAGUUCCUACUAUCAUACUGCCUAUGUACAAUAUCAUGUAUGAUCUAGGUACAUCAUAGCCCAAAAUUUUGAUAAUAGCCAUAUAAAUAGUAUUUGCUUUUAAUCUGUGGUGUAAUACAGAAUCUAUAUUCUUCCAACAGUGUGAGAGGAUGUUGUUGACUGUUGUGUUCUCUAAAUAUGCAACCAUCUUCUAUAAUAUUCACGACUAGUUCUUUUUCCCAUUUCAGCUUCACAUUUAGUGUUAUAUUUCCUCUUCGAUCAUUCCUAGUUCUUACGAUGUGAACGCAACAAAAAGGGGCCUUCUAAGAACUAUAUCCUUAGAAGCUUGAAAAAGUUCCUCCGCUCAGAAAAUGCCUAAUAGUAUAGAAAAUAGUAAAGCUGACAUCUUUGAUUGUCUGAUACGUUGGCACAGAGCUGGAGACGCCAUAAUCCAAACUCACCGUGGGAUCAGCAGGACUGGGACAGUGUGUGUGAGAUCAUCUGAGUAUACAUGAUUUAUAGUCACUGUAAAAUAAAGCCUCUAUUAAAUCA